AUGGCACAAGAGCCAGAGAAAAUGACCGCCGCAGAGAAAGUCAACAAUGAUACCGAGAGCCAAAUUCAAGGUGAAGUCGCUUCUAUCGCUGGCGGCAAACUGGAUGUAGCUGCCAAGUUUCUCGCGAGCCUCGGCCCAGAGGUCACAGAGGAGCCGAUCUCGACAAAAGAGGCCCGGAAACUCCUUUGGAAAAUUGAUCUGAUCAUCAUACCCAUCCUUACUUUCUCCGUCAUCAUAGCGGCAGUGGAUAAGAUCAUCAUUUCCAACGCAGCUAUCUACGGCAUGAAAGAAGACACCCACUUGGUUGGUGAUCAGUUUUCCUGGGUCGGUUCUAUCUUUUACUUCGGUUUUCUGAUUGCAGAAUGGCCUGCCAAUAUUCUCAUCCAAAGGCUGCCAGUUCGCACGUUCUACGGGGCCACUGUUAUGGCCUGGGGAAUAAUGACCUUCAUCACGGCCUGUACCAGUAACUUUGCUGGUCUGGCUACUGUUAGAUUUAUAAUGGGUAUCUUUGAGUCAGUUGUUUUCCCUGUCUGCACUCUCAUCACUGCCAUGUGGUGGACGGUUUCCGAACAGCCAAUUCGUGUCGCUAUCUGGUUCAACACGCUCUCUUCAAUCAUAACCGGUCUACUGUCUUAUGGAAUUGGGCACGCAAAAACGAACUUAGCCCCUUGGAGGUUAUUGUUCAUCGUUCUCGGAGCAAUCACCACUGUCUGGGCGGUUAUCGUUUAUGUCUUCCUUCCUAGCUCGCCGGUUGAGGCAUGGUGGCUCACCGACCGUGAGAAAUACAUCUGUCUGGAACGAGUCAGAAAGAGCAACACCGGAAUUGAAGAUAAAACCGUCAAGUGGUAUCAGGUCAAAGAAUGCUUGCUAGACCCUAAAUCUUGGCUUAUCUCGAUCUUCGCCUGCGCAAUCAACAUUCCAAACGGAGGUCUGGUGACUUUCGCGGCACUCAUCGUGAACGGAUUAGGAUUCGAGCCUUUGAUCACAACUCUUCUCGGUGUCCCAACUGGAGUCGUUGGCACGCUGUGGUCAUUACUUUUCAACAUUGCGGCAAGUCGCCUGCCUGGAUAUCGCUGCCUUCUCAUUGUCGUUUCCAUCAUCUUCCCUAUCAUCUCGGCUGUCCUUCUCUGGCAACUUCCUAGCGCGAACAAGGUCAAUCUUUUGGGUGCAUACUACGCCUUUUACUCUUACUGGGCUCCUUACACCAUGUCUACCUCGCUUCCCAUGGCAAAUACCUCAGGUCACUCCAAAAAGGUUACUUUGAAUGCCAUGUUCUUUUUGGGUUAUUGUAUUGGCAAUAUUCUGGGACCUCAAGUUUUCCGUGCGAACGAUGCCCCGAAGUAUCACCGUGGCUAUAUUGGCUUGCUGGCAUGUCUGAUCACGGGAGCCGUCACAAUCUCUCUCUACGGCCUGUUGUGCAAGCUAGAGAACAUCAAGCGAGACAAGUUGCAAGGAGGAGGACCAGUACCACAGACAGAGGAGGAGCUCCGCGAGGAAGCAUUCUCCGACAAAACCGAUAAGGAGAAGCCCAACUUCCGCUACGUCUUCUAA